AGGGUACGUUCGCAGGGAUCAUUACCUGCCCUGCGCAGCCGGAAAACUUCUCAACUAUCAAACAGCCAUUCCAUUUUCACUGACAGAAAGAACCGUAGGAAUAAAGUAAAGGACACUCAGCUAUGGACGAAGAAUAUGAUGUUAUCGUUCUCGGGACCGGCUUAACGGUGAGAAAAUGGACAAAGCAAUAGUACGAACUUCCAAUAGUCGAAGCAUGCUCAUGCAUGACAUUUCACAGCUAGGCGUGUAGGCUAAUCUGUAGGCUGUCAUGGCUAACUAGUGCUAAAUUAGCUUGCUUGCUCUUUUGUUAGAAAUCCAUUUUAAGUUAUUUUCAGAAAUGUGUAUACUUUGUUUCUCAUUAGUGUUAUAUGUGUGUGGUGAUACUUUCCACAGUCUGCAACAAGUGACAGCUCACAUACAAUAUCUAGUAUUUCCUGUUAUUUUCCCUAGAGUAAAAUGUAGUUAACGUUAGCUAGUUGGCUACGCUAUGCAGCUAGCUAGCCAGUUUAGCUAGUUGGCUACGCUAUGCAGCUAGCUAGCCAGUUUAGCUAGUUGUGUUGUUCGCUGUUAUACUGUUUACAUUGUUCUUUAAACAUCUGUCUAAAACAUACAAUACCGCCUUUAUACAUCUCUUUUUGUGUAACUAACUUACCUAUCUGACUUCUAUUUAUUUCUAAAGGAAUGCAUUCUGUCUGGCAUUAUGUCAGUGAAGGGGAAGAAGGUGCUUCAUAUGGACAGGAACUCAUACUAUGGAGCAGAGAGCGCUUCCAUCACACCACUGGAAGACGUAAGCAAAGGCACACAAGAUUACCUUUUUCAUACUAUCACGCCUGUUCUGUUUUCUUUUUACAUCUUCCCUUCAGGCAACUAGGGUCAAUCCUUAAGUAGGCCAGCCCAGUAAUUGGCUCAACUCAGAUCAGUAGUGUGGAAAAGGUAUUAACCUGGGGUGUGUUCAUUAUUCGAAUUCCGUUGCAAAACGUUUACUCUAGGAAGCAACCGGAACGAAACGGGGAGGGAACGUACCUUGAACUUGUCCAAUAGAAACUCGUUUCCGUUGCAAAACGUUUUCCGUUUGUAGUAAACAAAAUGUUUUGUAAUGGAAUCCAACUAAUGAAUACACCCCAAUGGUUGAAAAACAGCCCCCAUCAUGUGGUGCUAUCACACCAAUAUAGAGUAACAUGUUAUAUUAUCCAUGUUGUCACACAGAUAUAGAGUAAGUAACAUGUUAUAUUAUCUAUGCUAUCACAUCUCAUUGUUAUAGUUGAGGCACAGCUGAGUUUGAGCUACUCAAAAACUGACAGCUCUAUGUUUAACUGUCAAAGAAACUAAGUAAUGAAUUACAUUGAAUGAAGUAAUAAAAAAAAAUUUUUUCUUCUUGUCCCCCUCCAGUUGUACAAGCACUUCAGCCUUCCAGGUAAACCUCCGGAGUCCAUGGGAAGAGGCCGGGACUGGAGCGUGGACCUCAUCCCAAAGUUCCUGAUGGCCAAUGGUAGGAAAGCAAUAUGGCAUUCUAGAUAUAAUACUGAGUGCAGGGUUGUGUUCAUUAGCCACGGGGGUGUCAUUGCAUGCCCUAAUGACCAUGACCCAUGUCUCUGCUCUACCCAGGCCAGCUGGUGAGGAUGUUGCUGAUCACUCAGGUCACCCGUUACCUGGAUUUCAAGGUGAUCGAGGGCAGCUUCGUCUACAAGAAGGGAGCCAUCUACAAAGUGCCUGUCACUGAGACAGAAGCACUGGCCUCCAGUGAGUAUACAUGAAGUGGACAAAACAUUAUGAACACCGGCUUUCCAUGCCAUAGACUGACCAGGUGAACGCUAAGAUCCCUUCUUGAUGUCACUUGUUAAAUCCACUUCAAUCAGUGUAGAUGAAGGGGAGAUGACAAGGUUAAAGAAGGAUUUUUAAGCCUUGAGACAAUUGGGACAUGGAUUGUGUGUGUGUGUGCCAUUCAGAGGAUGAAUGGGCAAGACAAACAAUUUAAGUGCCUUUGAACGGGGUAUGGUAGUAGGUGCCAUGCGCACCGGUUUGUGUCAAGAACUGUAACGCUGCUGGGUUUUUCACGCUCAACAGUUUGCUGUGUGUAUUAAGAAUGGUCCACCACCCAAAGGACAUCCAGCCAACUUGACACAACUGUGGGAAGCAUUGGAGUCAACAUGGAACAGCAUCCCUGUGGAAUGCUUUCGACACCUUGUAGAGUCCAUGCCCCAACAAAUUGAGGCUGUUCUGAGCGCAAUAGCAGGGGGUGCAACUCAAUAUUACGAAGGUGUUCUUAAUGUUUUGUACACUCAGUGUAUAGCAAUGGGUUUCUCAGAUGCUUAUUCCUAUAAUAUAUGCUAUGCCAUUAAGCAGACCCUUUAUUCAAAGAAACUUACAGUACAGUGAGUGCAUACAUUUUUUUGGUAUGUGUAUGCUAUCUUCUCAGUUGCUUAAUGUGGAUGACCUAUGCUCCCCAAGGAGAAAAGGUUUUAAGUCUAGUUAAAUAUAAUAAUAAUAAUAAUAAUAAUAAUAUGCCAUUUAACAAACGCUUUUAUCCAAAGCGACUUACAGUCAUGCGUGCAUACAUUUUUUUUUUUUGUGUAUGGGUGGUCCCGGGGAUCGAACCCACUACCUUAGCGUUACAAGCGCCGUGCUCUACCAGCUGAGCUACAGACAGUGAAGUCCAUCACAUCCUGGCCCAGGCUGAACUUCUUGUAUAGGUCACGCAUCGUCGACUUGUUGGGAUCGACACCCUCCAUGGUUUUGGGAUCGUUCAAGUCGUAGUUGGCAACGAAGAUCAAGAAGUUCCUAAAACUAUUAACUUAUGCUAUGUACCACUUAACCAAAGCUUUAAUCCCAAGCGAUUUACAGUAUUAGUGAGUGCAUCCAUUUUUUUUGUAUGUGUAUGCGAUCCCCCACAGGAAUUCAAGCCACAAUUGAACCCACAACCUUUCAACUGAACCAAACAGGACCACAUUCUUAGUCUCAUUUCAGACAACAGCAGCCUUUUCUAUUUCUGUCUCACUGACUUUUCUGCCCCCUCAGGUUUGAUGGGGAUUUUCGAGAAGAGGCGUUUUAGGAACUUCUUGAUCUUCGUUGCCAACUACGACUUGAACGAUCCCAAAACCAUGGAGGGUGUCGACCCCAACAAGUCGACGAUGCGUGACCUAUACAAGAAGUUCAGCCUGGGCCAGGAUGUGAUGGACUUCACUGGUCACGCCCUCGCUCUCUACAGGACAGACGAGUAAGUGGCUUUGUCUGAAAUUACCCUAUUCACUAUAUAUAGUGCACUUCUUUUGACCAGGGCCCAUAGGAUGGCAGAUAGCCUAGCGGUUAGAGCGUUGGGCCAGUAACCGAAAUGUCGCUAGUUCGAAUCCCCAAACAGACAAGGUGAAAAAAUCUGUCGAUGUGCCCUUGAGCUGUUGAUAAUGGCUGACCCUGGCUGUGAACCUAUUUCCCCAAAAAACAUUUCCAAUUCAAAAGUGUAUAAUACACACUUGUACAUGUGUGAAAUAGGACAUAAUGAUAUAGGGAAUUGGGUGCCAUUUCUGACACAGCCAGAGACUGCAGUCGUCACCACCACUACUUGAGUUGAGAUGUCACGUAGGCUUUUUCACUCACUCUGCCACUCGUGUAUCAGCAUUACUAUAUAUAUGGAUGUUUCUUGUGGUUUUAUUUAUUGUUUUCUUUAUUAUUAUUUAUUGUGAGCGCUCGGACGAGUACGAUGUUUUAAUGUUUUCUACACUAUUGGAAACUUGAAUGAUGGGAAUUAAUAGGAUGGGUGACUGUCCACUGUGUUCAGGCAGGUACAAAUACUUCAAGAAGUGUCAAAUCUAAAAUAUGUAACAUCUAUAAACAUUUAUAAGCAUUUUUUAUGGCUUAUUCAUAAACAUUUUAACAAAGUAACCGUGUUACAAUCUAGUAUUUGUUUGAUCCCUCAGCUACCUGGAUCAGCCCUGCAUCGACACUAUCAAUAGGAUCAAGUUGUACAGUGAGUCUCUGGCCAGAUACGGCAAGAGUCCUUAUCCUCUACCCUCUCUACGGCCUGGGGGAGCUGCCACAAGGCUUUGCCAGGUACGAUGACUUUGUCCCCGCCCUGCUAUUAUGUAAUUGUUCCUGAUUAAUCAGGAAUUCCUGCUUUUCUGACUCUGUCCUCUUCAAUACAUACUAGAACUGAAGUUUACCUACUCCCAAACCAAUAUCCUACUGAUUUCAGUUGUCCUGAUCAUAGAAAUAAAAAUCUCAUUCUAGUUCUGUGAUGCUGAUUUGACUGUUUUUAGCCUUAUGCUUAAUUAACCCAUCCCAUGCUCCACUAUUCACCAGUGUCUUUGACUUGACCUCUCUCCCUCUAGGUUGAGCGCUAUCUAUGGUGGGAUCUACAUGCUGAACAAGCCCAUAGAGGAGAUCGUUAUGGAGAAUGGAAAGGUGGUGGGGGUCAAGUCAGAGGGAGAGGUGAGAUUCUAUCACAUUUUUGCCUCCUGUUAUAAUUAAGCAAUAAGUCCCGAGGUGGUGUGGUAUAUGGCCAAUAUACCACGGCUAAGGGCUGUUCUUAUGCACGACGCAACGCAAAGUGCCUCGAUACAGCCAUUAGCCAUGGUAUAUUGGCCAUAUAUCACAAAUCCCCGAGGUGCCUUAUUGCUAUUAUAAACUGGUUACCAAUGUAAUUAGAGCAGUACAAAAAAAAAUGGUCAUACCCGUUGUAUAUGGUCUGAUAUACCUUUGGUCAUGUAGUAUAUGUGGACACCUGCUCGACCAACAUCUCAUUCCAAAAUCAUGGGCAUUAAUAUGGAGUUGGUCCCCCCUUUGCUGCUAUAACAGCCUCCACUCUUCUGGGAAGGCUUUCCACUAGAUGUUAUUGCUGUGGGGACACAUUAGUGAGGUCGGGCACUGAUGUUGGGCGAUUAGGCCUGGCUCACAGUCGGCGUUCCAAUUCAUCCCAAAGGUGUUCGAUGGGGUUGAGGUCAGGGCUCUGUACAGGCCAGUUCUUCCACACCGAUCACGACAAACUAUUUGUGUAUGGACCUCGCUUUGUGCACGGGGGCAUUGUCAUGCUGAAAUACGAAAGGGCCUUCUCCAAACUGUUGCCACAAAGUUGGAAGCACAGAAUCGUCUAGAAUGUCAUUGUAUGCUGUAGCGUUAAGACUUCCUUUCACUGGAACUAAGGGGCCGAGCCCGAACCACGAAAAACAGCCCAGACCAUUAUUCCUCCUCCACCAAACUUUACAGUUGGCACUAUGCAUUCAGGCAGGUAGCAUUCUCCUGGCCGAAUCCACUAAUUUGAAGGGUUGUCUACAUACUUUUGUGUGUAUAUAUAGUGUACCACGGCUAUCAGCCAAUCAGCAUUCAGGGCUCGAACCACCCAGUUUAUAAUGAUUGUUUUCUAUCAGUUCUUCAUGGUGAAUGUCUAAUGGCAGUGUAUACAACUGACAAAAUUUGAAUGGUUCCAGAUGGCGGUUGGCUAACCAUGCCUUACCCUAAACAUAAACUUAACCCUUACCCUAACCUAACCCACCCUCACCUUAAUUAUAACCCUAAACUCUACUAUCUCGACCUUUCCUCUCCAGAUAGCCCGCUGUAAGCAGCUGAUCUGUGACCCCAGCUACGUCAUGGACAGAGUCUGCAAGGUGGGCCAGGUGGUCCGUAUCAUCUGCGUCAUGAGCCACCCCAUCAAGAACACCGGCGACGUCAACUCCUGCCAGAUCAUCAUCCCUCAGAUCCAGGUCAACAGGAAACAUGGUGAGACCCCUCGAUACUAG